UCAGCACCUCCCAGGCAGAGAGUUCAGAAGUGCAGCACCCCGGCAUGGGGCGGUCCCAGAGCUGGAGGGGGCGGCGAUAAAUACGGAGCAGAGGGAGAGCCCGCCCCUUUCCGAGCUGGGCCGUGCUGAGAGCAGUAUGGAGCGGUGGAGCAGCCUCAGCACCGGACAGAAGGUCGCCAUGACUGUGGGAGUGUCGGCUGGAGCGGCUCUGCUGUAUGUGUGUUACUCCAGAUACCGGACAGCUCCGCGCCGCGGAGAGGACGAGCUACGUAUGACCAUCCCCCGACACGCCGCCGAGCUCAUUAUAGGGCCAGACGGCGCCAUCCUUGGCCAGCUGAAGACACAAAGCCAUGCCCACAUUGCGGUGACGGCGGAUGGCGGCGGUGACCGCCAGCUGACCCUCCAGGGCAGCCCCUCACAGGUGCGCCAGACCCAGCAGCUGCUGCACAGGAUCCUGCAGGACGGAGCCGCUCUGCGGGUGAAGCUCCCGUUCCCUGCCAGCUCCAUGGGCCGCAUCAUAGGAAAAGGGGGCGAGCGAAUCCGGGAAAUUAGCAGGACUUCUGGAGCCCAUAUUGACUGCGAGCGCCGGGCGGAGAGCAGCACGCCGACCAGAUGUAUCACCGUCUCCGGCACCCGCCAGCAGGUGGAGGCGGCCAAGACCCUCCUCCAGAAGGCAGCCGAGGAGGAGGCCGCCGUCCAGCGCAGAGCCGCCGAGUCCUCCACCUUCCGAUCCUGCAGGAAAGAGAUCAUUGCUGUGAAGAAGAGAGAAAGAGAGCGCCCCCCAGAGGAUGAGGAGACCAGGCUGCGUCCCAGGGAAGCCCUCCGCACCACGGAGGACAUACCCCCAGAAGAUAAGACGGCGACCCAGGAAAACAUGGCCGACUGCACCUACAACAUCUGCAAGUUCGAAGUCCCCAGCCCCGACUUCAGCUUCCACGCAGACGAGUACGUGGACGUCUAUGUGUCGGCCGUGGAGAACCCCGAACACUUCUGGAUACAGAUCCUGGGCUCCCGCUCCUCACAGCUGGACAAGCUGACCACUGAGAUGAGUGACCACUACCAGAGGCAGAGGAGGGGGGCGGAGCCGGAGAUCCAGGUGGGCGACAUAGUGGCCGCCCUCUUUCACACUGACAGGAUCUGGUACCGGGCUGAGGUUCUCGGCUUCCUGAAGAACGGAAAUGUGGAUCUGUAUUACGUGGACUAUGGCGACAACUGGGCCACGGCGAGGGAGAACCUGUUCCCGCUUCGGAGUGACUUCCUGAGUCUCCCGUUCCAGGCCAUAGAAUGCUGCCUCUCUGGUGUGGCCCCCUGUGGAGGCUCGUGGUCGGAAAAGGCUCUGGACACUUUCGACGCUUUAUCGCACUGCGCUGAAUGGAAGCCGCUGCUUGCCAAGAUCUCCAGCUUUCCUUCUGCCGGGGUGUCCCGCUGCUUCCAGAUCCAGCUGUAUGACCCAUCCAGGGACCCGAUGCUGGACAUCGGUCUGGAGCUGAUCCGCCAGGGCUAUGCUACCGAGCGCACCAUGAGCCCCACGAAAACUGAUGAGGAUGGAUCUCGGGUGUCUCGACUCCUGGACGAAGUCACCAGCCUGUCUGUGAGGUCAGAACCUGGUAGCUUAUCCAGCCGGCAGGAGGACAGGCGCCGGGCAUCGGAUGGGUCUAUUGAAAUGGUACGAGCUGACGUGGACCCUAGCCUGGACCACCAGCAGAGCACCAUCUCCACCCCCACAUCCUGCCAGAAGUCUGCAGAGGAUGUGGACCGCCUGGAACAGAGCUUCUCUGACAUCCGCCUCGGAGACCAUCCUCCGAUGGCCACCUCUAGUCCGUCCACCGACCCCUCUUCCCAGAACACCAGCUGCUCUACCGUGUCCUCAGAGUCCUCGGGGGAGGCGUCUAGCUCCACCUGCACCGCCUCCGAGGGACAGAGCUGUGUGUCCUCCUCCCUGGAGGACAGCAGCAUCUACUCCCCCCGUGGCUGCUUCUACUACCUGACUGAAGAGGUGUCCGCCAGCUCCUCCGGAGACGUCAUCACCAUCAGCUCCGACAGCGAGGAAGAUACCGGCCAGCCGAGGACGGGCGUGAAAAAGGCGGCGAUAGAUUCUGACGUGUUCCUGAGCUCCAGCAGUGAUCUCAUUGUCAUAGAAGAUGAGCCCUGAGCGGUGGCGCCCCCUCUGGCUGUAUUUUGCACUUUCCAUGUUUACCAGUUGAAUAUAUUGUCUGUAUUAAAGGUUUCUUUGUUCAUUUAG